UAGUUUUCAAUGAAAUAAUUAGUUUUGUGUAGAAUUUUCAACCUUUCCCUCAAAAUGAAUCAGUUCUUAAAAAUCUAUUUGCGCAUAAAGCAAGAACGAUGUUGUUCAAAACAGCGAUGCAAAAAGUUAAUCGCUAUUCGUUUGCAUAAAUCAAUAGUUAGUCAAUGAGAUUGUACCGUGGCUUAUACGUGUAAACAAUUGAAUCUUACAAUUUCAUUGCAAUUAAAUCUAAAAAAUAUUUUUAAAUUCACGAGAUUCAUGAAAUCGACGCUCCGAGUAAAAGUUAAUUGAUAUGGUAAACCAGGAUUUGAAAACAACCUUGGAUUUCAUAAUUUGCAUUUGAAACAAAUAUCAUUUAUUAUUCAUAGAUACGGCUGAGGAAGAUGUUAGGACGUGGCUUGUGGAGAACGUUGAGUGGUAGCUUGACGAAAAGUUGCCAGAGGACCAUUCACUCAGGAAAUGUAUUGUCUAUUGCAUCAUCAAACACAGGACUGAAUAGAUUUCACGAUAAAAACUCCAAAUCGCCAAGGAUUCUCAUCACAGGAGGUCUCGGUCAGCUGGGUACCGAAUGUGCUAAAUUGCUACGAAAAAAUUAUGGAGAUGAAAAUGUUAUUCUGUCUGACAUAAUCAAACCAUCCGAUGAAAAUCUAAUGAGCGGACCGUUCAUAUUUGCGGAUAUAUUGGAUUUUAAAGGUCUUCAAAAAAUAGUUGUCAAUAAUAGUAUAGAUUGGAUCAUACAUUUUAGUGCUUUACUCAGUGCUAUUGGCGAACAAAAUGUUCCCUUGGCUGUUAGAGUGAACAUUGAAGGUCUGCAUAAUGUAAUUGAACUGGCAAAACAGUAUAAUCUGAGAAUUUUCGUACCGUCGACAAUCGGUGCGUUCGGACCGGAUUCUCCACGCAAUCCAACUCCAAACGUCACCAUCCAACGUCCCAGGACUAUUUACGGUGUCAGCAAAGUGCACGCCGAGCUUCUCGGCGAAUAUUACCAUCACAAAUUCGGUCUAGAUUUUCGCUGUUUGCGCUUUCCAGGAGUUAUAAGCAGCGAUCCACCGGGUGGUGGUACCACAGACUACGCUGUCAGUGUAUUUCACGAGGGCCUUCUCCAUAAGAAAUACGAAUGUUAUCUGGAGCCGGAAACAAGACUACCCAUGAUGUAUAUCGACGAUUGCUUGGAGGCUUUAUUCCAAUUCCUCAAUGCUCCAGAAGAUAAACUGCGUCGCAGAGUAUAUAAUGUCACAGCAAUGAGCUUUACUCCGGAGGAACUAUUUGCCGAGAUUAAAAAACAUAUUCCAGAUCUUCAUAUCACUUAUAAUCCUGACAGUCGUCAAAACAUCGCUAAUACCUGGCCACAAGUUUUCGAUGAUAGUGAAGCUCGUCGUGAUUGGGGUUGGCAACACGAAUAUGAUAUCGAUAAGCUUGUGCUCCGCAUGAUUCAAGACGUCAGUGAAAACUUUAUUCCCAAGUAUCAACGCUUAUCGGAAAUCAGCAGUUAUGUUUAGCUAUAUCUUAUAAUAAAAUAAAUUGUAAAUUUUACAUUUAAUGAUGCACAGUAAAAAUAAAGCUCUUUUGAACGCUA